AUGUCGACCAUCGCCAGAUCCCUCCGCCCUUUCGCUUCCCGAGUGCUGCUCUCUCAGAGGCCUUCACUCUGCAGCCGAGUUACUCCCAACUUCCGUUUCCCGCGGGGAAGCAUCCGGAGCUUUUCCCAGAGCCCAUUCACGCAACUGAAGAAGUACACCGAGUCGCACGAAUGGAUUGAAUUGGCCCAGGAUGGAAAGACAGCCAAGAUCGGCAUUACAGAUUACGCAGCACAUGCCCUCGGUGAUGUAGUCUACGUUGAGCUCCCAGCUGCUGACCUCGAAGUCGCUGCCGGCGAACCCAUUGGUGCCGUUGAGUCUGUCAAGUCAGCUUCCGAUGUUCUGUCUCCCGUGUCGGGAACGGUAAUCCAGGGUAACGCCGUUCUGGAAGACAAGGCCAAGUUCAUCAAUGAGAGCCCUGAGGGUGAUGCUUGGAUCGUGGAAAUCGAAGUCAAGGAUCCGGCGGAGCUUGAUGGAUUGCUGGAUCUUGAGGCGUACAAGCAGAAGCUCAACGAGGAGGAAUAA